ACCGGUUCAGGAAAUCGCUGUUCCGGCUACCCACACUGCGCCCCUGUCGCAUGUCUCUGCACCGCCGCUUCCAACCCGCCGGGGCUUCGGGUGCCUGGGCAAACAUUGCUUGGAGUGUGGCUACGCGCCCGCUAGAUAACGGAUCGAGGCGCGCAGGGUGGUGGCGGCAGCGUCCUGUUGGCGAUCAUUGUUCGUUGAUCACCGCCAGUGGACAGACCUUUCUGUUGAGCAGCGAACGAUUCCUCGUUUGAGACUGCAUGUACUAGGCGUGAGACACCAUGAUUGUUCUGACGGCCCUGGCUGUCGUGCUCCUGGGGGCCGUGUUGUGGCUUCGGCGGCUGUGGUUUUCAUCGUUGCUGUUACACUUGUCCCGUUUCUGGAGUCCAGGAACCGGAGGCCUGUCACAGUGCUGUAAAUGGCUGCUCCUGAGGCUGCCGGUGUCGCUGUGCCGGCGGAAGGGCCGCUUUGACUUCUACACUUUCGGCGUCAAAUAUGAACCCCGCGGUUGCGGACUGCUCAGUCCCGAGCAGGAGGCUUCCCUGGACGACAUCUGCACACCUCCGAGUUCUGACAAGUUUCCGGACGGCGACGGCUUGGAGGACGAGCUGCUCGUCUGGGCCAGCACCGAGCGCGGCGAGUGCGUGCUGGCUCGCGUGCGGCGUCACCCGUCGGCGAGGACGGCCGACGCGUGGCUUUACCUUCGCACAGCGGACGGCCACAGCUACGUGCUGCCAGCUGGCCACGGUGUCGCGGAUUGUUCUCGCAAUGGCUUGUACGCGGCCGCCGGUUUGCGGCUCGAGCAGCUGGUGCCCAUGCGCCGCUGGAGGGUCGCCUUCAACGGACUGCUCAGGUGCACGACGCGUGGAGAUGCGGUGGUCCAUGUUCAACUUGGCCUCGUGUGCAAGUCUUCGUCCAACGUUCUUGAACACAGAGCUCAUUUCCCGGCGAACUUCGUGGCACGUCAACUGGCUCGCACGAGCUGGACCAAGCAUGGCGUCCCUAACGUGAACAGGCUUCUGGACGAAGUCGACAGCUACGCACAGCUAGUCUUCUGCACGGGCUCCGUUGGCGUGGACGGCGAGGCUCCGCAGGAACUGUUCCUUUGGGGUUUUCGCAUAAGGAGCAUAGAAAAGGACCGCUACUCUCUGCGUGAUUUCGGCCACAUCAUGGGCAGGACGAAUAGUGGAAUUACUUUCUACCUUCGAGAGGUCGGCAUUCAUGGCUUGAUAGACAGGUACCAGACGGGCAUCGUUGCUCUGCCCUCUACAGAAAUUGGUCCUGUGACCGACUGCAGUCAGCGGAUAUUGACGGAUGGCUCCAGGUUCAAAAAACAAUUCAUGCUUGAAUUCGGUCCGGGCUUCAACCGCUUUCAUUUCGAUGUCCGCUCCGACUACCAGCCGCUGGAUGAGCACACAUUGGAGACCCACUGUCUGGGUCAGAACGCCGAGGUGGUUCUCAGCUGGUUUCCGUGCACGGUGAACAAAUACCCCGGGUGCCUGCUGCACUUAUCCGGCCCCAGGGAAACUUCAAACCGUUUCUCGAUGGAAAGGAAGAAGCCGGAGACACCUCAGCUCCCCAGACUUGGCGAUGUGGACCUGACUUCAUCCGAGUGCGCGGACACGCUGUCGCUGGACGAGGCCACUUGCCGCAGCGCCUGUUGGUCCGGAGGCAAGGGUGCCUCCCUCGCAGCCCUAAGGAUGCUCGCCAAGCAAGGGCUACAGAUGAACGUUCCUGAGGGCUUUGUGAUCACUACGACUGCCUAUGAAAAAUUCUCAAGGCAUCCGGACGUCCAGGCGGCUGUUCAAAGUCUCUCGAGCAUCACAAGCUUCACGGAGUCGCAGUCUAUCGAGGCCUGCAACAAGGCGGUGCGAGUGCUGGAGUCUGUCCCCUUGCCGGAUGAUGUGCAGGCUGCCAUCGGAAGUGCCUACUGCAUGGUCUUCGGCGAAGCAUCACGUGACAUUUGCGUCGCCGUUAGAUCAUCGGCUGUCGGAGAGGACUCCGAGGACAUGUCGUCAGCAGGCCAGAUGGACACAUUCCUGGCCGUCGCUGGUGUGGAAGCGGUUAUGAAGACGGUGGCCAAGUGUUGGUCAUCGCAGUUCACUCACAUCGCGUGUGGCUACAAACGGCGCUACGGGCAACCGCUGGACUCGCCGAUGGCCGUGGUCGUGCAGGCCAUGGCACCGGCGGAUGCGGCCGGCGUGCUCUUCACCUGCGACAGCCGCACAGGAGACGCCAGGCGCGUCCUCAUCACGGCGAACGAUGGGCUCGGAGACUCGGUCGUCUCUGGUAAGACGGACCCGGACACGGUGGUACUGGAGCGCUGCCCAAAGACCGGCGAGGUGAGAGUUGCCGAGAUCUGCAUCGGCGCGAAACAGCACAAGACCGUCGUGCUCGAGGGCGGAGGCACGGAGCUCCAGCGGGCGGGUUCAACGAACGGAACGAAGUGCUGCCUGUCCGAAGAGCAGAUAAUGCGGCUUGGAAGGCUCGCCGGAGAGCUAGAGAAUGCCUUCGGAGGUCCGCGAGACGUGGAGUGGGCGUUCAAGGGGGACACGCUCUACAUCCUGCAAGCACGUCCGGUGACAUCACUGUACCUGCCCACCGACGUGGAGCUGAUGCACGAACUGGACGAAGGAUUCCGCACCAUGGAUGAGUGCUUAUCCAAAGCCAACAUUGGGGAAGUCGUAAACUGUUCUCAAAGUCCUCUUGGAUCAGCCGUCUUCACCAAUGGUUUGAUGCUAUUCAACAAGGAAGACACCAAUGAACGGGCCAAGAGGUUUCACAACCCUUACCACGAUCGCUUCUUCGUCACAGCCCUGGGGAACGUCUUCUUCCCGGCAUCGAACGACAUGUUCAACAUGCGGGGAGAGGGAUCCUUCCGAAAGGGGCUGGCGUACGCCAUGCGCGGGGGCUGCAUGGAAGACGAGGACGUGAAUCGGCUCAUGCGCGAGCGUGCGAAGCUGCGAUUUGCCGUGCCCAAAUUCUUCAGCAUAGGGAAAAUGGUGUCGGAUCUAUGGAACUGCGAAAAGCUUGUGACAGAAGGUUACAAGAAGUAUUAUGACAUGAAACUUCCCGUCGGAAGAGGAGACGACUCGCGCAAAAUCUUCGAGGAGAUCUGCCGGUCACUCAUUAUCAUGUCCAGGUCUGUGCAAGUUCACGGGGCAACCAACAUGUACUCCAUAUUAGCCAACAGCCUGGCGUUCACAAUGCUCGCCAAACUUCGCGGAGAAUGGACAGACGCAGUGCUUUCUGACUUUGGAUCUCUCAUGACCUCUGCUGGUGACGUGUGGAGCGCCGAGGUGCCUUGCGCACUACAGAAAAUGGCGGCGGAAAUUAGCAGACACCCAGAGGCCGGAAACUUCAAGAGAAUGGACCCGGAGGCUGCGCUGAGCUGGCUGCUGGAGAAGGACGCCGGAAAGACAUUACGGGAGUUCCUCAGUCGCCACGGCCACCGCUGCAUCAAUGAGUUUGAUGUUUACUCUACGACAUGGGCCAUGGACCCAAAACCGUUAGUGAAGAACCUUCAGGCCAUGACAGGCACCGUAGACGCGUACACCAAAGAGCCUUUGCCGAUAGUGGAAGCGGUCGAUAGGCUGGACAUCAAGUUGACCCCUUUCAAAAGGAAACUUCUCAUCUGGCUUAUGCGGAAGUGCCGUCGGGCUGUCUCUCUGCGAGAGCUCUCCAAGAACCUGCUGGUCAAGUCUGUGGAUGCGCUGCGGUCAGCCUGCUGGCUGCUGGGCGAGCAGAUGCACAGAGAGGGCCGGUUGCCAGAGCCUUCAGUUCUCUUCUUCCUCGACAUUCUGGAGAUCGACUUGCUCCUGCGCACGCGCUCUCCUAAGCUGGUCGCCAAAGCACUUCGACGACAGCGGCUGCACCCAUUCAUGAAGAAGAGGAUGUUUCCAGAGCUCGUCAAAGGAAUCCCUACCAUUGUGAGUGACACCGAGGAAAAUGAUAGCGUGGGUGCCAGGACACUGGUUAAAGGCACGCCAGUAAGUGGCGGGAUCGCCGAAGGUCCGGCUCGCGUGGUGCACACCAUCGACGAAGCCACACAGAUAGAGAGGGGAGACGUGCUGGUGGCGUACUGCACAGACAUUGCUUGGAGCCCCUUCUUUCCCCUCCUGUCCGGAGUCGUCACGGAGCUCGGAGGACUUAUCUCGCACGGAGCGGUGGUGGCGCGCGAGUACGGCAUCCCCUGCAUCGUCGGCGCCACUGGUGCCACGUCCGCCAUCCGGCCAGGAUCGAUGGUCCGGUUAGACGGCUCAAAGGGAACGCUUCGACAAAUUGACGCGAACUGAUUCUUACACUUCAGAAGACUCAUGUGAUCAGGGGAGCAGGCUUCCUUUCAUUUCUCAGGGUUUCAUUUUCUUUUCGUAGCAGACAUGUAUGCCGAUUUUAAUAAAUGUGGACGAUACGUCUGUAACACAAUAA